UGUGUGCACCUCCGGCCGUGGGAGCCUGGCGGAGGAGUCUCCCGCAGCCCGUAUCACAGUAUCACCGCGUCAGCCCUCGGUGCGCACCGUGUCCGGUAAACGGCGCAGAGGAGGACGGGAAGGUGAAACGCUCUAUUUUUACGCGCGGUGGAUCUAUAUAAAGACGCGCAGCCAGCUGGAGGGGGUGACAGUUGGACACAUCCUCAGCCGCCGGGCGUUAGAGGUGCUGGUGCCCCGUAGGGAGGCAGGAAGACGGAGGGGGACUUCAUUGCAGUUUCUCAGAAUCAGGGGACGGUUGGAGAAAAAGGAGAAAGAUGCCUAAACCAAUCAACGUGCGCGUCACCACCAUGGACGCUGAGCUGGAGUUUGCCAUCCAGCCCAACACGACAGGCAAACAGCUCUUCGACCAGGUGGUGAAGACGGUGGGUUUGAGGGAGGUCUGGUUCUUCGGCCUCCAGUACACAGACAGUAAAGGUUACGUGACGUGGCUCAAACUCAACAAAAAGGUGACCCAGCAGGACGUGAAGAAGGAGAAUCCGCUACAGUUCAAGUUCAGAGCAAAGUUCUUCCCAGAAGAUGUUUCCGAGGAGCUGAUCCAGGAGAUCACACAGAAGCUCUUCUUCCUGCAGGUGAAAGAGGCCAUUUUAAACGAUGAGAACUACUGUCCCCCGGAGACGGCCGUGCUGCUGGCCUCCUACGCUGUCCAGGCCAAGUACGGAGAUUACAACAAAGAUGGUCACAAGCCGGGCUACCUGGCCUCCGACCGGCUACUGCCACAACGAGUUCUGGAGCAACACAAGCUGACAAAGGAACAGUGGGAGGACAGAAUACAGACCUGGCAUGAGGAACACAGAAGCAUGCUCAGGGAGGACGCCAUGAUGGAGUAUCUGAAGAUCGCUCAGGACCUGGAGAUGUACGGUGUCAACUACUUUGAAAUAAAAAACAAGAAAGGCACGGAGCUGUGGCUCGGGGUCGACGCGCUGGGGCUAAACAUCUAUGAGCAUGAAGACAAGUUGUCGCCAAAGAUCGGCUUCCCCUGGAGCGAGAUCAGAAACAUCUCCUUCAACGACAAGAAGUUUGUCAUUAAGCCCAUUGAUAAGAAAGCACCAGAUUUUGUGUUUUACGCUCCUCGGUUGCGCAUCAACAAGCGCAUCCUGGCGUUAUGUAUGGGAAACCAUGAGCUGUACAUGAGGAGGAGGAAGCCAGACACCAUCGAGGUGCAGCAGAUGAAGGCUCAGGCCCGAGAGGAAAAACACCACAAACAGAUGGAGAGAGCGCAGCUGGAGAACGAGAAGAAGAAGCGAGAGCACGCGGAGAAGGAAAAGGAGCGAAUAGAGAGAGAGAAGGAGGAGCUGAUCCAGAGGUUGAGGCAGAUCGAGGAGCAGACACACAGAGCCCAGAAAGAGCUGGAGGAUCAGACUCGCAAAGCACUUGAGUUGGAGCAGGAGCGGAAGCGGGCGAAGGAGGAGGCCGAGCGUUUGGAGAGGGAGAAGCAGGCGGCGGAGGAGGCCAAGGCGUCGUUGGCUCAGCAAGCGGCCGACCAGAUGAAGAACCACGAACAACUGGCUGCUGAGCUAGCGGAGUUCACUGCUAAGAUUGCUCUGCUUGAGGAGGCAAAGAGGAAAAAAGAAGAGGAAGCAACAGAGUGGCAACACAAAGCUCUAUCAGCUCAAGAAGACCUAGAAAAGACCCGGGAGGAGCUGAAGACAGCCAUGACGUCUCCACCGGCGCCAGAGCACGACGAACAGGAUGAAACUAACGCCGAGGCGAGCGCCGAGCUGCUCAGUGACGGCGUCACCAGCCACCACAGCGAGGAGGAACGCAUCACUGAGGCACAGAAGAACGAACGCGUCAAGAAACAGCUACAGGCUCUGAGUUCCGAGUUGGCCGAGGCCCGUGAUGACACAAAGAAAACUCAGAACGACAUGCUGCACGCUGAGAACGUCAGGGCAGGAAGAGACAAGUACAAAACCCUGCGCCAGAUCCGCCAGGGUAACACCAAGCAGCGCAUCGACGAGUUUGAGUCCAUGUGAGGAGGGGGGGGGACACAACGAUGUCAACGCAUCACUUUCCUUGUGGAGCCCGAAACCUGCAGGAGCUACUGCUGUGGUCCUAUCAGGACAAGGAACGACCAGCUGACGGGCUUUGUAGCUUCAGCCUCGCCAAAGCUCUGCCGAGCAGCGGUUAG